UCUCCUCCUCCGCCGCCUCCCGGUUCCGCAGUCACUUCCUGCAGCUGUUUCCCUGUGGGUCCGGUUGGACUGACUUUUGAGUCAGUCCUCAGCUGCUUAGAGGGCUCGGCUGGGGCCAGCUGCGAAAGUUGCGCCGAGGGAGGCGGGGUUGAGCCCGGCCAAGCCCGGCGCGCAGGGCAGACGGCGGCGGGCGUCCCGGGCGGACUCGGCACCCCGACUCCCCGCGCGUCCCAGGGGUUCCGAUUUGAAGACCUGACUUCUGCUCGCCCACUGGAUUAUGCCCAGGGCUUUCAUACCCAAUGAUCCUCUUGCAACACGCCGGGCUUCCUCUGCCUAAGCGGCCCUCAUCGUCUCCUCCUAUGUCAGUGGCCGCCAGGUCUACAGGAACCUUGCAGCAUCUGCCACAGAAGCCUUUCGGGCAGGAGGCUUCCUUACCUCUGGCAGGAGAAGAAGAGUUAUCUAAGGGAGGGGAGCAAGACUCUGCCCUGGAGGAGCUGUGUAAGCCCCUGUACUGCAAGCUCUGCAAUGUCACCUUGAACUCAGCGCAGCAAGCCCAGGCUCAUUAUCAGGGUAAAAAUCAUGGUAAGAAACUCCGAAAUUACUAUGCAGCCAACAGCUGUCCUCCUCCGGCCAGAAUGAGCAAUGCGGUGGAACCUGUGGCUACUCCGGCUGCCCCGGUCCCUGCGCAGGUGGGCCCCUUUAAGCCGGGAGGCCGAGUGAUCCUGGCCACAGAGAACGAUUACUGUAAGCUCUGUGAUGCCUCCUUUAGUUCUCCGGCCGUGGCUCAGGCUCACUAUCAAGGGAAGAAUCACGCCAAGAGACUGCGGCUGGCGGAAGCUCAGAGUAACUCGUUCUCGGAAUCCUCAGAGUCCGGUCAACGGCGAACCCGGAAAGAAGGGAAUGAAUAUAAGAUGAUGCCUAAUAGGAGAAAUAUGUAUACAGUGCAGAAUAAUUCAGCAGGUCCGUAUUUCAAUCGCCGCUCUCGGCAGAGAAUUCCGCGUGAUCUGGCCAUGUGCGUUACUCCAAGUGGCCAGUUUUACUGCUCAAUGUGUAAUGUUGGGGCUGGCGAAGAGAUGGAAUUCCGGCAGCAUUUAGAGAGCAAGCAACAUAAAAGCAAGGUGUCUGAACAGCGGUACAGGAAUGAGAUGGAGAAUCUGGGCUAUGUAUAGUAAUUGCUGUGUUCAGAUAGAGCAGCUCGGCCUGCCUGUUGUUUGCCUUCUGUCAACAUGCCCUGCUUUGUGGUCCUUUUGAUCUGAGUACAUUCCUCUGCUUAAUGUUAAUACGUGUAACCUGCAGUGGUACCAUGAGGUGUCAAAACUGGGGAAGGAAAACAACGUGCUUCUUAGGUCAUGAUGUUUUUUCAGAUCAGUUGUGCUGAGUUACUUAGAGCAUGUGACCUAUUUACCCCAUGAGAAAUCAUUUUUUAUCUUGACCAAGUUCUGGUCAGUUAGUAGCCUGAUCACUUAGAGCUUUAACUAUUUAAACAUUUCAUCUUCUUUUGCAAUUUUAUAUUUGUGCACUGUUAAGUAAAGAAUUUUAUUGAGUUCUUACUUCAGAGCAUAGUAAAAACAUGUUAAGCAGAGAUUUCAGUUUCCCAAGGCUUCUUUGGAACCACCACCUCAACUCAAUGCCUUGUCUGUAGGAUUUACUAUUAUAAACUGCAUUAGGGUCUUUCCCAGGACAUUUUCUCCUUUAUCAUGUCCUCCCAUUACUGAAAUGCAAGUGUUCUUGGAUUCAAACACUUCCAAUAUGCUUGUAGACUUCCAAACAGUGAAACUUCAUUUCCAGUUACGGAUUUCACACAUUUAAAUGCCACCUUCUUCCCUGCUCCCCUCUCGGUUGAAUUCGUUUGUCUAAUAAGCUCAUUUCAUUCUCUAGCUAUGUUAUGGGAUUUCCAAACCCCACAUUUGAAUAUCCAAUGAAUUUAAGAUAGAUGUGAUAUUUUUUAAAAAAUAUUUUUCAGCUGGUUUUAGAAAAUGUAAAGAUGUGUUUGAUUUUUCAAUUUAGAGUUAUUUCAUUGAUAAUAACUUGUACUUAUAUGAUGGUUUUAAUCAUAAGUUUAGAUCUCUUGAUAUUUGGUUUGGCAGACUUUUUAGAUGAUAAACUGAUUCUUACAUUUUACUUACAUUCUUCUCUGUUUUGCUAGUUUGUUGGCUGUCCUAAAAAUACUGCUACCUUACUGUUUCAUAGAUAGAGAGGAAUGGAAAAAGUUAAUCAAAUUUCAGUACAUCAUUUCCAGUAGAAAAAUACAUGAACUUUGAUUUCAUUCUUUGUAAUUCAGCUUCCUCAAAGAUAAUAGAAGUACAUUAUAGGUCACUUGGUAUCUGAUAAUUACAACAGUAUUAUUAUUUUUGUAUUUUGUUUUUAAAAUAAAGCUCUAGUAUAUGUCUAGAUUAACUAAUGGAGUAUUCUAUGAACUUUCUUUAACCGUAUUUUAUCUACUUACUAUAUUUACAUGGAUAAGACAGGUGCUCAUCCAUACUUCUUUUGAAAGGCCAUAUAGAAGUUUAUAUAUAGAACAGUAUCUUUGCACUAUAAGUAUCCUUGGAUGCUUAUAUUACUAAUUAAAAACAAAACAAAACUAUUUUUUCUUGAGAAUCCUAUAGACAAAGAGAUGGGGAGAAGGAAAAUCAUAAUCAUGAUUCCUGUCCUUUAAUACUUCUAAACAAUUUUUGAACAAUCUAGACCCACAUUUAAAAUUCAGUUUUGUGAUUAACCUCUGGUACAGUAUCAAGUUAUUCUUCUGUUGAAGUGGUGGUUUCUGAAAAGUAGAAUUGUUUAAUACAUUUUUUUUCCCCAAGAGACAAAAUCAUGAAAUAAUGUUCUAUUGAGAUUCUAUCCACACCUGUGACUUAGUAUAAUAACCCUUUGUGCAUUAAUCUAUAAAGUAUAGUUGAUUAGUUUAGAGCAAUUUAGAGCUUAUUUUAUUGGUCAGUAGGUUAUUCAUUUUGCUGCCAGGACAAUUUUUUGGUAGAUUUUAAAUAUUACAGUGCUGGCCACUUGGUUCUGUGAUUGUGUCAAAAUUUCAUUUUUCCUCUCCAUAUGUGUAUUUAUAUAGAUAUACAUAUACAUACAUACAUAUAUAAAACCAUAUAUAUAUACACAUACAUAUAUAUAUGUGUGUAUAUAUAUAUAUAUAUAUAUGGUUUUCUGUGAUACCAUAGAGAAGAUUUUAUUGAAUCCUUAUUUGAGAUCACAGUAAAAGAUUGUGCAUAAGAAUUUACAUUUUGUAAAAGUGACAUUUGUUUGUCCUUUGCAAAUAAAGUUGAAGGAAGAGUUUCCCUCGCUCUCCCCACUUAACAACUCCAUUAUGUAUACAUAAAAAGCAGUGGAUUUAAGGCCUUGAUGUUUUUUUCUGGCCUUGAGUAUUCAGGUUUCCAGUCUCCCAGUGCCCUUAAUGGAUAUUAUGAAUGCAUAAACGCAUUUUCUUUUUUAAAAAAAAAGUUAGAUUUAUAGUGUUAUUUCUUACUUGCUAUAUUUCUUUGCACUAAAAAAAAGCUAUGUGUUUGUUUUAUAUGACACUUUAGAUACCAUAUUGCCUACAGUAACUCAGUUUGUUCCUUAAUUUCCAAACUCUAGGAAGUUGAUAAAUAACUUCCAUGAGUAUUUAUAGAGGUUACAUACACAUAACCCCCAACCCCCCUCCCCCACAAAUCUCUAUGACAGUGGGUUGCGUUUUAGGCUUGUUACCUUGCAAUAUUCUCCUGUGUUCCAUAGGUGAAGCAAAGGGUGCCAGAGGUUGUCAGAAAGGAAAUGCCCAAAUAAAUACAUCUCUGCAUGGUACAGUUUCUCAAACUCAUGCAUUCCUAUAGACAGUGUUUUUUUCCCUGUCAAAGAAGGUUGUUGUUACUACUGCAGUCAGUAAUAUGUGAUUUCCAUUGAUUUCAUUGUGUGAAGUCCAGUCCUGCUCUGUAAUGUGCUUUAGAAUUUGCACCCCAGGAGUCAUAUUAAUACCUUUUAUAUGCUGUAUACAAGGAUGGACAGAGACCUAAACAACGGAAAACCUUUAGUCAAUUAAAUUAAGUAGAUUUCAGUAAUCAUCUGCCAGAAGAACUCAUGGCAUCCAGGUCUCUACUCUGUGAAUAUCUUUGUGUAAGUUGUCAUUCAAAAGCAAUGUUAGAAGAUGACGAUUAGAAACUCUUCUAAGAUACUGAGAGCGAGAACUUGUAAAGGAAAAAUUCUGUGUUCCAAUUAAAAGAUUGGAUUGCA